CAUUGGUUAACAUUUGGCUUGGCAGGUGACCCCCCACCCCCAACAAAAACAAAAGGACUCUUUGGAACCAAAGCCUUCGAGCCACAUUGGUCAAGGGCCACGGUGCCAAUCUCAGAACAAGGAUCCUCUCGUUUAUGCCAGCCAAACCAGGCUGCUUUCAUUAGUGAUUUGGGACUAGAGUGAUCCGUUGGCUGGUGUCUGGCUUCGAAAAUUAGAGGUGGUUUUUAGUUAUUUUCAGGUGGGGUUUUCUCAAUUUCCACGUCUCAGCCUAAAGAAAAGAAGAGAGCAUAGCGAGAGCGGAGUCACAGAAUGGGUGGAGAUGGGAUCUUGGGGUUCGGAGAUGUUGAGCAAAUCAAAGCAGCUACAAGCGGAAAGAGAAGGUGGUUGAAGAGGAGAGAGAGAUGGCUUGUGGUUCUUGGGGUGGUUCUACACGCAGUUUACAUGCUCAGUAUCUUCGAUAUCUACUUCAAGACCCCAAUCGUCCAUGGCAUGGACCCGGUCACUCCUCGCUUCAAGGCUCCCGCCAAGCGUCUCGUGCUUUUGGUUGCGGAUGGGUUACGGGCUGACAAGUUUUUUGAGCCAGACUCUGAUGGAAAUUACAGAGCACCUUUUCUGAGGAGCAUAAUUAAGGAGCAAGGUCGGUGGGGUGUGUCUCAUGCUCGUCCUCCAACAGAGUCAAGGCCUGGACAUGUUGCUAUAAUAGCUGGUUUCUAUGAGGAUCCUAGUGCAGUUACAAAAGGAUGGAAAGCUAAUCCAGUUGAGUUCGAUUCUGUGUUUAACCGAAGCCGGCAUACAUUUGCUUUCGGUAGUCCAGAUAUUGUUCCAAUAUUUUGCAGUGCCCUGCCACACAGUACCUGGAAUUCAUAUCCUCAUGAGUUUGAAGACUUUGCUACUGAUGCAUCCUUUUUGGAUGAGUGGUCCUUUGAUCAAUUCCAGAGCCUUCUGAAUAGCUCCAAUAAAGAUCCAAAAUUGAAGCAGUUACUUCUACAGGAUAACCUCGUCAUAUUCCUGCAUCUACUUGGUUGUGAUUCGAAUGGUCAUGCACAUCGGCCCUAUUCAUCUAUCUACCUUAAUAAUGUUAAGGUUGUUGAUCGUAUUGCUGAAAAUGUUUAUAAUCUUGUUGAAGACUUUUUCAAGGACAAUCAGACAGCAUUUAUUUUUACUGCUGAUCAUGGAAUGAGUGACAAAGGAAGUCAUGGAGAUGGGCAUCCUUCAAACACUGAUACACCCCUUGUUGUUUGGGGAGCAGGCGUUAAACAUCCUAGACCAAUGUCUGAAAGCAACCAUUCUGAUUGUGGUUUUCGUUUUGUGGAUGAACAUAUGCAUGACACACCGACACCUAUAGAAUGGGAUCUGAAUGACUUGGAAAGGGUGGAUGUUAAUCAAGCUGAUAUUGCACCACUAAUGUCAACACUUCUUGGUUCUCCAUGUCCUGUUAACUCUGUUGGCAAUUUACCCCUCGGCUACAUUAACAUGAGAGAGGCAGAUGAAGUUGAAGCUGUGCUUGCUAAUACAAAGCAAGUUCUCAACCAGUUCCUUCGCAAGUCAAAAAUAAAGCAGUCAAAUUCGUUAAAUUUCAAGCCUUUCAAGCCCCUGGCUCAUUAUUCCUCAGUAUUGGAUCAAAUUGAAGAUCUGAUAUCUGUUAAAGACUAUGAUGCUGCAAUGAGAGUAGCUCAAAAUCUCAAAAGUUUGGCACUGGAGGGGCUUCAUUAUUUCCAAACUUACGAUUGGUUGAUGCUGAUGACUGUAGUUACCCUUGGUUACAUUGGAUGGAUGGUAUAUCUUGUUCUCCAUGUGCUACAAAAUUAUACCUCCUUGCCAGAAAAUAUGUUCAGAAAGGAGCAAGCAGUUCAUCUAAGAAAUUACACUGGAAAGGUAUAUCUUUGUGGAUAUCUGUUGAUUGGAGUGCUUUGUCUUCUGCUGUUCCUGGAGCACUCUCCUCCCCUUUACCAUGCAUACACUGCUAUGACAGUAUUUCUCUGGACACAAAUAUUUAGUGAGUAUUGGUUUUUGAAAGGAUUAUGGCGACACUUACGUCGGAGUAAAUAUGAUUAUAUCAUUAAACUCCUUGCAACUUGUGCUGUUUCAAUAUUCAUUCUUGAAUUCCUGGUGAACAGCUUCACUGAGAGGAAGCUCUACACUUGGUGCUUUCUAGUAGUGGGAGUUGUUGCUUCUGUUUUUCUUUUUAAAUCAAUUCCAUGGAGAUCUGGGAUACCAAUUUUUGUGUGGGUUGCAUGUUGGUUUUUGUCUGUUUUCACUUUGAUGCCAGCAGAAAUUCCUGAUAAUAAUCAACUAGUGAUUGCAAGUGGAAUUAUGAUUAUCAUGAUAGGAAUAGCUGCAAGGAUGCUGGAUAUGCAUACUGAAAGGAAUAAAUAUUGGCUAUGCAUCCUUAGUCAUGAUAGGCAGAAACACCGGUUCCCCAUGCUCUUCCACUUACAGGCACUUUUGGUUGGGUUGUCAUCAUUGAUGGUGUCAUUAUCAACGUCUCACAGAACUCAAAAGCAAGAACUGCUUCCAGUGCACCAGUUGAUUAACUGGUCUAUUGCUGGUUUCUCGAUGGUUCUCCCUUUGUUUUCAGCAAGUGGCCUCUUGUCCCGACUGACUUCUAUAUUUCUUGGUUUUGCACCCACAUUCCUACUUCUAUCAAUUGGAUACGAAGCUGUCUUCUAUGGUGCACUUGCUCUUGUACUUAUGGCAUGGAUGCUAUUUGAAAAUACACUUCUCUAUUUAAGUAAGGUGAAAAUGUCCUCUGCUUCCAUGAAAAAUAUGGAGGGUAAAGUCAUCCUUGACAAUGAUGAUAGAUGCUUGCAGUUGUUUGAUGUGAGAAUCCCAUUGAUCUUUAUGGUCUUAUUUAAUGUUGCAUUUUUUGGAACGGGUAACUUUGCAAGUAUUGCAAGUUUUGAGAUUUCCUCUGUUUAUCGGUUCAUCACAAUCUUCAGUCCAUUUCUGAUGGCAGCCCUUCUUAUUUUCAAGUUGUUUAUACCAUUCAUGCUUGUCAUAUGCGUGUUUAGUGCAAUAACCAAACUAAUUCAAAUUCCACGGUUGGGAUGCUAUUUCCUCGUUAUACUAUUUUCAGAUGUGAUGACUAUCCACUUCUUCUUCCUGGUUCGAAAUACGGGAAGCUGGAUGGAAAUUGGUAACAGCAUCAGCCAUUUUGGAAUCGUUAGCGCACAAGUUGUGUUUGUGCUAUUGCUUUUUGCCCUCACAAACAUAUACACAAGAGACAUUCAGACCAGAUCUGUUCUACCAUCCUCUAGGAAAGCAUUGUAGGUCAUUUGAAAUUGGGAUUUCAGCACCAAAGUCAAAUUGCCUUCCUUCCUGAAAGAUGAGCAUUUUUUAUACUCUUACAUCGGCUUUUAUGGAAAUGAAAUCAGCUUCUCAUUCUGUUACAUUUUUCAAUUUUGCUGCCUAUAACUGCUCACUGCCUGUUUGUGAGAGGUAUGGACCCAUGGGACAUUAUCCAGAUUUUCCCUGAUCAAUUAUAGAAAGGUCAUUGGACUCAUCCAUGAUUGGAAUUUCCUGUUA